GGUCGUCAACAUACUCCCCCAGUUACGGCACACUAAAUGCACGGCUUGACACAGAAUUGUAAUCAGGCACUUGCUUAUGAGCGUUUGGCACGGGAAGGAGGCGAGCCUGGUGAAGUCAGUGGAGCACGUCAGGAUAUUGAGCAGCCUGACAUCUUGACCCAGGCAGGCUUGGCACAGAAGCAGAGCAACGAUUGCGCCCUGCACCAGUCAGCAGCAUGGAAGGCCUCGAAAUUGAGCCAGCCAGUAAGUCAGCUGCAGCUAUAUUACCAGCCUGGCCCUCUCCACCCCCAAGAGAGGUGUUCAUGGGCCCAUCCACUCCAAGGGGCAGUGCUGGGUUGCAUGAGGAGGCCCUCCUCGCGAGUUGCAGCAGCAGCGAGGUAGGAAGCAGCAUCAGCGAGGGAGCGACCACGCCGCAGAUCCUGCAUGCCCAACAUGGCAAGGCAGCAUUCUUGGAAGCCAUCGUGCAGACAAAUUCCCCAACCUUCAUCACGUGUUCGCAAUGUGACGGAGAGGAUGUCCUGCGGCUUGAAGCAUCUCCAAGCAGCAGCGCAGCGCCCUGCACAUCCAGCAGAGCUGAGUCAUCAGCGCAAGCUUCAGGCCAGGAUUACCAUGAGGUUCGGCUGGUGCUGAGGGUGCCUCGAAAUUGCCAAGCACAGCCGAGUGCUCUGCCUGUGAAUGCUGCUGGGAAGUCCCCCACGACUGGUCCCCCUGACACAGCCUUGGGGGUGGAUGGCAUCGAGCUCAGGGAGCAAACCCACGAGGAAGCCCUCCUCAACACCAUUGACAAGCUCAAGGCGGAUCUUUCAGAGAAGGAGGUGCAGCGCAAGUACUCUGCUGACGCGGCCAAGAGGAAGGCUCAGGAGUGCGAGAACCUGAUGCGCGUGGUGCGGGAGCUGACGGAGUCGCGCUCCAAGCUGGUGGCGGGCAAGUGCGUGAUGGCGGAGAAGUUUGCCGAGCUGCAGCAGGAGUACAUGAAGGUGCUGCGCAUCGCCGACCUGUCGCGCACCGCCUCGCGCAACAACCUUGCCAAGGCCGACCGCGCCACCAACCUUGCCAAACAGGUGGAGGAUGACCUGGCGCGGCAGAAGCGGCAGCUGAGCGCGCUGAAGGAGCGCAACUGCCGCCUGAAGCUGGAGAAUGCGGAGCUGCGCGACAAGGCCGCCCUGCUGGAGCGCCUGGACCUGCACCAGUACAACACCAAGUCCGCGUGCAUGCUCGAAUUCACCCACUUCAAGAUCAAGGAGACCUACUGA